AUUAGGUGUGGUAGUAAUAUGGGUAGAAGGGCUAGUUCUUGCAAUUAGAAAGGUUUGCUAGGGUAAACCUGUAGCAUAAAGAAAUGAAAUGAUGUAUUUUAGAAUUUAUUUAUUUAUAUUAUUUAUAGUCUGCCUUUCCCACUGAGACUCAAUUUGAAUUACACAGCGUGAGCUAAUACAGUCACUUUCUAUAUUUCAAUAAACAAUGUAAUAGGGUUUAUAAACGCAAAUUUAAAACCAGCCAAAAUCCAAUACAGAGUUGACGAAAUGUUGAAACAGACCAUAAGUAAUUCUAAGAUUGAUACAUUAAACAAAGUAGAACUACCCUGUAGAAUCAUGCCUAAAGUCAUUAGGACGGCAGUCUGCAGUGCUUCGGCGGGCAAAUGCACGACGCUUUUGAACAACCUUGAAAUUUCGCCUAGAAUCCUCUCAAGUCACCCGCCAGGAAACCAGGAAAGCGCGAGACUCUCUCAGCGCCACGACCAUUCCGAAUCCUCCACUAGAACAUAAACCAGGCAGAAACAACAAACGGCUCUUAAAGGACACGCAUGCGCACCUCUCCGCAGUACCCCCCCCCGCCCCGUCCGCAGUAUUAUGAGGUCAGCGCGCGGGACGACGUGCCCCGUGACGUCAUCCUCCGGACCGCUCUAGUUUCCUCCAAUCUAGACCCAAGCGGGGGGAGCGCCCGGACGGAGAAUUGGCGGUUGGUUUCUCCUCUCGGAGAGGAGGAGAAAAAGGAAGGGGAGAGUAGCGUAGACCCGGAUGCCGCCGCUGUGCGAGGCGGAGCGGGCCGAAGGGGGGAGGAGUUGUUUCCUACGGCGGCGGCGGCGGGAGUUGACCGGGACGGUUUGAGAAGGCGCCAGAGCGUUGCGGGUCCCCUCAGGUUGUCGUCGGCAAGAUGGAGGUGGUGGGUCUGGCCGUCUGGCCGCAAGGUGCUGCGUGAGGCGACGGCGUGUUCGUGAGAGGCGCCGAGGCGAGGGGCGAUGAUGUCGGUGUACGGGGUGCUGCUGUCUGCGCUGCUUGGCUCCUGCCUGACGCUGCUGCUCCAGCUCCUGCUGCUCUACCGGAAGAAGCCCGAGCCCCCCGAGGGGCCCUCUCAGCCGCCCGGGCCCAGCCCCUUCACCACCCGGGUGCUGCCGGACGCUGGCCUGAAGGAAUACUUCGCCGGCUUCGCCGGGCAAGUGCAGGGGCAGGAGGCCCAGCCGCCCGCCCCUGCGGCUCCAAACCAGUCUCCGUCCCGGACGGAGCAAAGCGUUCGGCAGCCCACCCAGGAGUCCCUGGUGGAGUCCACCGAGGAGACGCUCUACUGGCUCAACGCCGUCUGCCUCUUCCUCUUCAGGGAGCUGCGGGACACCUCCCUGGUCCGGCACUGGGUCACCCGGAAGAUCAAGGUGGAGUUCGAGGAGCUGCUCCAGACGAAGGUGACCGGCAAGGUGUUGGAGGGGCUCAGCCUGCGGGACGUCUCGCUGGGUGACGUGGUGCCCCUCUUCAAGAACAUCAAGCUCCUGCGGCCGGUAAUCUGCAGCGAGGAGGGCUGCCCCGAGGAGCUGGACUUCGAGGUCGACAUCGAGUACAGUGGCGGCUUCCACUUAGCCAUUGACGCCGACCUGGUCUUCGGCAAGUCGGCCUAUCUCUUCGUCAAGAUCUCCCGGAUAUUGGGUCGCUUGAGGCUCGUCUUCACCCGUUUACCUUUCACUCACUGGUCCUUCACCUUCGUGGAUGAACCUGCGAUCGGCUUCGAUGUCAAGUCCCAAUUUGAAGGACGGCCCCUGCCGCAACUUACUUCCAUCAUUGUCAAUCAGUUCAAGAAGGUUAUUAGGCGCAAGCAUACUUUGCCUCACUAUAAAAUCAGGUUCAAGCCAUUCUUUCCUUUUCAAGUUGUGCCACCAGAAGAGUAUAGAGACCGCAAUCUCAACAUACAAAAUUUCUCACUAACGGAAGGCCGACUAAAAAUUUCUUUAAUAGAAUGUUCAAGAUUGCUAAUUUUUGGAUCUUAUGAGAGGGAAGCAACAGUUCACUGCACACUUGAACUGAGCAGCAAUGUAUGGGAAGAAAAACAAAGAACUUCCAUCAAGAUGGUAGAACUAAUGAAAGGAAAUAUGCCGAGUGUUGGACUCACUCUCCGCCAACUACAUGCUAAGGAAGGAGAAGCAGGACAUGUUGUUAUUGAGGCUGUCACUCCAAACUCACCUGCUGCAGCUGCUGAUCUACAAAGGGGGGAUAGGCUUAUAUCUGUUGGAGGAGUUAAAAUUACAUCUUCAAUUCAAGUGCCAAAGCUUAUCAAACAGGCUGGUGAAAAAGUAGUAGUAUGCUAUGAAAGGCCUGUUGGCUGUAGUCAGCAGAAUUCAUUAGCUCAAGAUAGUUUUGUACAGUUGGAAGAUGCGGCAUUUGCAGAUGACGACCCAAGUAGUGCAUCAACAGAAUCUGAGAACACAGAGUUGGAUUUACAGUAUGAAGAGUUAGCAAUUGUGCUACGAUCUCAUGAAUCCAGAGAAGAUUCUUCAGCAAGUCCCAAACAUACAUCAGUAUCAGCUACUGCUAAAUCUACUGGAACUGUAUCUCCAAUACUAAAUCGCAAAGGUUCAGGAAGCCAGUCUUCUGCAAAAGUAGUUUUCAAGGAUGGAACCAAACAAGUGACACCCAAAAAUUCUGAGAGUCUGGAUGCAAGUCUGCAAACAAGUAAACAGUCAGGUACAGUAAAGCCUCCUGUACCACCAAGGCCACAGAUUAAAACAAUAUUUUCUGAAAAUCAAAAUACACUAGAAACUGGUGAUUUAUCUUCUGAGAAACCAGAGAGGCCACCACCUCCUGCAAAUAAUGGAGACAAAUCCUCAGAAAAGCUAGCAAAAAAUACCGAUGUAGUAGAAGAAUCUGCAGGAGCCAAACAAGUUACAAACAAACCAGAAGUAGUACAGGAAUUGUCAGAUGAUUUACAGAAUCCUAAGGAAAACAAGGAGAACCAUAAUUCAUGGGAAUCAUCAGAGAUUCUUUAUCGCAAUCGAUUAGGUAAAUGGGCACGGACAAAGGCUUCUUCUUGCAUAUUUGAAGUAGAAAAACACCAUAAAUAUUUAAAUGUUGCCAUUUGGUGUAGAGACCCCUUCAAAUUAGGUGGGCUUCUCUGUCUAGGACAUGAAAGCAUGAAACUUGAAGAAAUAGCUCUAGAUUGUAUAGCUACAUCCUCUAUGGAAUUCAUUAGGACAGUUAGAUUCAAUCCUCCUGCACCUAAAGCCACAGUGAGCAGAACUGCAUUGCGUAAUUUGACCUCACACAAAGGUUUUAAUGAAAAGUUUUGUUAUGGUGAUAUUACUAUGCAUUUUAAAUAUUUAAGAGAGGGUGAACCAGAGGACUCAAGUUUUCUGAUGGAGAAAGAAAGAGAAUAUAUUUCAGAAACAGCAGCUGCUCCUGUUCUUCCAAAAGAGGAUCCUUAUUUUGGACACAUAAUGUACAUUGAAAACAAGCACGUGUUUCAUGACACUCAGUUUCAGAUUCCAACUUGGUGUGACUACUGCAAAAAGAAAGUUUGGACAAAAGCAGCAUCACAGUGUAUAAUUUGUGCGUAUGUAUGCCACAAAAAAUGUCAAGAAAAAUGUCUAACUGAUACUCCACAUUGUUUAGGAGCUUCAAGACGGCUUGAUGGAACCUUACGUUCUUUUAAAUUUGAAAGUCAAGAUUCUCAGUCCACGCCAUCAUCACGUGCUGAUGCAGAAUUGAAGUCUGCUAACAAACCGACAGGUUUAACAAGACAUAUCAUCAAUACAAGCACUCGUUUGUUAAAUCUGCGUCAGGUUCCUAAAACACGACUUACAGAGCCAGGAUCAGAUACAGUUGAACCAUCACCAAAACACACACCACAUACUUCUGAUAAUGAAGGUAGUGACACAGAAACUGGUGGUCCAAAUAGCCCUUCCAAGCAAGCAGCUGGUACAGGGAUAAAGUUAGCAAGAAAAGGAGGACUAGAUGAUAGCGUUUUCAUUGCUGUUAAAGAAAUUGGCCGAGACCUCUAUAGAAGCUUGCCCACAGAAGAAAGAUUCCAAAAAUUAGAAGUUAUGUUAGAAAAACUACAAAAUGAAAUAGACCAGGAACUGGAAAACAAUAAUUCCCUCAUUAGAGAAGAGAAAGAAACAACAGAUGCAAGGAAAAAAAUGCUGUUUUCUGCUGCAUUGGCGAAAUCUGGUGAACGACUGCAAGCCCUAACUCUACUUAUGAUUCACUACAGAGCUGGCAUUGAAGAUAUAGAAGCUUUGGAAAACACAAGUUUAGAGGUGGAAUCUAGAAAAGGAGAGCAGUAUGAAAAUGACAAUAUUUUAACGGAAGAAAUGGAUCAAGAAGAUGAAAGCAGUGUAGUGAUUUCGCCAAUACUUGAAACCUUAUUAAAAGACCAAGAAACGCUCGAUUCACCUAAUGAAUCUGUAGACUGAAUUUUGCACAUUUGACAUUGGGAAUGAUAAACUGGGAAAAUACUUUGCACAAUCAAAAUCACAUCAAAUUCAUCAAAAUAUAAUUAAAAACUGGUAUAGUGUACACGAAACUUCUCUCUCCAUAAUUUGUUUUUAAUCUCUGUAAGAGCAUGGUCAAGAAUGUUAUUUCCAGUUACAGAACCACUACUAUUUUUUGUUCUAUUCAUUUGUCCAAAUUGUGUUAAGCAAACAUAGAAAUUUAUACUGGGAGAUUAUUUUUAACUUCCUUGAACUUUUUCUACUUUAAGUAUUCCUAACGUUUCAUGCUAUUAUGGGAUUGGGGUGGGGGUGUUGUUUUUGUUCUUUUUAUGUCAUUAUAAAGUAAAAUGCUUUGGAUUUUCGCUGUCUGCCUCAAUUACUAUCUCUGUAGCAGCAACUGAGAAACUAUGUUCUGCUUUGAUUGUAUUUUAUUAUCUGGCUUUUGAAAUAAGGGGUUUUUUUAGGGGUGGUGGUAAAAGUUUUCUUUUGUCCUUUUUUUGCCAUUCAUGCCCUAUGGAAGCAACACACCUUCAUUUUGUUAUUUAGUAAAAUCAUUACAUAUCAAGAUGCUUUCUUUCUGUACUUUUUUCAGUCACAGAUUUUGAAAAGUCAGAACCAUGUGCAAAUGUCUUUUCUUUCUUUACGUCUAGUAGAGUCAUGAACUGGGAUGGACUCCUAAUGCACAUCUUGUUCAACAUAAUUUAAAUAUCUCUUUCCAUGUGCUCAUGUAUAGCUUUUCCUUACAGCCCGUGGAUAUUAGUUUUGCCUAAACAUAAUUUAUACCAAUGUCACUUAGCAAUUUAUUGGGAACGUGCCAGCAAAAGAUUUGUGUAGAUGUAGUAAUAGAUGGGAAGCCUUAUACUGUAGAACAUACCAACCUUAUAUUAAUGCUUAUAUACCUUUUACAGAAAUUGCAGUUGAGUUUUACUUUUUUUGGUUUAUUUAAGCAUUGACUUUGCCAGAGAAAAUUUUAAUGUGUAAAAGGAUUAUAUUUUAAACAGGAUUGUUUAAAUUUGCUUUCCAACAGUUACAAUGCCAUCAUGCACAGGAAAAAUUGUGGUGAACCGUUCAACAUUUUUAUACAGCAUGCACUGUUUUUCACUGGACAAGCUUAAAUUAAGAAUUUUACCAGCUUCAUUUGAACAAGCCCCAGCUGGUCUAAUGUGAGAAAGAUUGUUUUGGGUUUGCAAUCUGUAUCUAGGCUUCAUCUUCCAAGUGCAUAUUCACUGUUUUAGGUACUUUACUGUAUUACUGAAUGAAGCAGAAAUGCACAUGCAGAAAUGGGUAAUGCUAGCAUAAUUAAAUUAGUCUGUCUUUGAUUGGCAAGCAGCAACUUGUGUUAUUGUGUUAAAUCUGGUUUUCAUUUACCAUGGGAAAUUAAACAAUGUUUUUAAAUUUAGAAAUAUCAUGUUCUAACUUUUUACAUAACAUAGCAGAAUAGCUAAAUGGAGAAUGUAACCCAUUGAUAAAUAAUUCUACACCUUUUAAAAAUUCUGCUUUAAUAAUAUAAUAAUUAAUUAUUAUAUUAAUUAUUAUUAAUAUUUUCCAACACGGGGGUGGGCAACACAAUGUUAAUAAAUCCUGUAUCUCAGAAUUUAUGUUCUAAGUUGCUUACCAACAGAGAUGCUCUGGGAUAAAAUGUCCAUCAGUGUUUAGCUUGUUCCCAGGUCUUUAAACACUUCCUGAUGUGAAAAAGCAACUGCAAAAAUAAUGUAGGUUUUAUGUUUUCCAAAACCACAUCCUAUAGUUAAUGAAAUGAUAAGAAAGGUUGGGUAUCAAUCUCUGCUAUGAUUGUAUAAUAUAAAUUAAAUGUAGUGCAAUAUUCUAAAUGUUGCGUGGGAAUGGGGGCAAAAUAAUUGUAUGGUAGCAUUAAGGUAAAUACAUACAAAACAUUGUAAUAACACUGACCUUGAGAGGCAAGCUGUAUUAACACAUUCCUAGUAUAUUCUUUGCUUCUGUGCUUUAUUGUACAUAGCUAAAAAAUAAAAAAGCCACUGAAAGCAAGGGUAUCUUGAUGUAGUGGUAUGUAACUAUUUGACAGUUGCACAUAUUUAUGGAAAGUCUGCCUGAGAUGAUUGUCAGAUAUGAUUUUAUCAUAAGAACAAGCUUUAAUAAACGUUUUUACAAAUUC